AUGGCGCGGCCCGCGGACGCGCGCGACGCGGUCUCGAGCGCGGUGCUCGCGGUGCUGCGCGCGCCGUGCGACGCGUACGCGAAAUCGUUCGACGAUGAAACCGCGGCGUCGCUGCGCGCGGGAGCGCGACGAGCGCUCGAGGCGCAGUGCGCGCGCGCAGGCGGGGACGAGACGCGGAGCGACGCGUGCGGGACGCUCGCGACGGUGGCGGACGGCGCGCGCGCGAUGACGCGAGGAGAGGCGAUGGGACACUUUAAGCAAGCGAUGCACGAGAGCUGUCAAUCGGGGGCGGCGGCGAUGUCGGAUCCGGAGAAGCGGGACGCGAGUGAGGCGACGCGGUACGUGCGCGAGGCGGUGACGCGCGCGGCGGAGGAGGAAGCGGUGGCGGGACGCACGGCGAGCGCGGGGAGAUGGGAGGACGACGGGGGCGAGGGAACGUCGCCGGCGACGUCGGUGACGGAGGAAGGCGGCGACGGGCGCACGGGUGAUCGUGGAAUGUGGGGAUGGGAUCGAGACGCGCCGACUCAAACGUCGGCGGAGGACGCGUUCGGGGCGGCGUCGAGCGUGGAUUCGAUCAAGCAUCGCGAGCGACAGGCGUUGGGUGACAUGUACAGGCGUACGAACGGUGCGAAAUGGCGCAGACGGGACGGUUGGAUGUCCAGCAAGUCUUACUGCGAGUGGUACGGGGUGACGUGUCUCGAAAAGGAUUUCGGCGUCGCCUUUGUGGAUUUGCGAGACAACGGCAUGGAGGGCGACAUGCCGCAAGCGAUCGAUGAAUUGAAGCUUUUACAAGGACUGGACCUGUCGUAUAAUCGGCUCGAAGGACGUUUGAGCGCGAUGCUCGGUGAGCUGAAGACGCUGCGGUACCUCUUGGUACGAUCGAACGCGCUGUAUUCCGACAUUCCCGCCGGCUUGUUUAGGAAAGGCUCGCCGUUGACGCAGCUGGACCUGAGCGACAAUUCUUUGUCUGGGGCGAUUCCUGGACGCGAGUUUGUGUACUUGACAAGCUUGCGUAUGUUCAAUGUGUCAAACAACGCGCUCACGGGUACGAUUCCGAACAUCGCCUCGCUCCCAGCGUUGGAGAUAUUUUCGGCAUCCACCAACGCGCUGCGUGGCGCUGUGCCUCACUUUGACGACGCCGCCAAGAUUCGUUUCUUCGACGUGAGCAAGAAUGCAUUACAUGGUUCGAUUCCAUCGCUUUCAUCCGUACCGUCCUGGGUGUUGUUUGACGUCUCCCACAACUCCCUCACCGGCGAGCUCCCGCGGACAGCGCUUCCGCGAACGCUUCGCGUGUUCUCGUGCGCCAACAACAACCUGAAUGGCACCGUGCCGCAAACGUUCGCUCAGCUGCCCAAGGUGGAGCACUUGGACUUUUCGGCGAAUCAAUUCACCGGCGCGUUACCCGCGAGCGUGUUGCAAAAAAAGACGCUGCGAUACUUCAACGUCUCGCGGAACGCGUUCGAAGGCGAACUUCCGCGCUCGGUGUACCAAGGCGAACUCGAGCGUCAAUCCAUGAGACUGGAGGAAUUUGACGUCAGUCACAACAAACUCACGGGUGCGCUGCCGCAGUCAAUCGUCGAGUUGGACCGCCUUCGUGUCAUCGACGUCGCGCACAACGCGCUGAGCGGCGAUUUACCUUCGCGUUGGGCCGUCGACCGCCUCGAGCGUCUCGACGUCAAAGCCAACGCGUUCACGGGCGCCAUCCCCACCAUCCUCGCCAGAGCCACGCGCCUGCGCCACCUCGAUUUGAGUCAAAACGCCCUCAGAUCUCGCGCCAACUUAGCCGUGCUCACGAUCCCCACCCUCGAGCACUUGGACGUCUCCGGAAACUCGCUCGAUUGGAACGAAGCCGCCGCCGCGCCGGCGCCGAAAAUCGACCGAGCGCGCGCCAUCGAACCCCCUUCGCUUCACGACGACCUCUGA